AUGGCGUAUACCGAAAUUGAACUCGCGGAGAAGAUAUCUAUUGUCGCACAAAAGCGAUAUCAGCAAAUAAAACCCUCAGGAAAGCCCACUUGCAAGUCAAAUGGUGUUAAAGAAUGGACUGUAUUAGCGGCUGUCGUAGCAUUUAACAAUGAGCACGAUGAGUUCCGCCUAAUAUCUUUGGCGACUGGCGUCAAAGCUUUACCAGACGAAGAGUUAAAACGAAGCCAAGGGCGCAUGGUGCAUGAUUCGCAUGCUGAAAUACUAGCAAUUAGAGGUUUGAACACUGCUUUUCUUCGACAAAUCGAGAUGCUAGACAGUGACCAUGAAAACGAAAAAUGCGAUCUUAUCGAAGAAACUGAUUCUCCAGGUGUUUACAGAUUCCGCAGUGACGUCUGGAAGCUGGCCUUGUACGUUUCUAAGAUACCUUGCGGUGAUUGUAGCAUGCAUACACUAAAUGAUCAAGAUCAUACUGGUAUACAUUUUGGUGAAGAAGAUACCUGCCAAUACAUAGAUCCUAAUGUGAAAACAACUCUCCGGGGCCGCUUCAACUACAGUAAAAAAGGAAUAUGUAGGACUAAACCAGGAAGAGCAGAUUCUAAUCUUACUGUUUCCAAAUCCUGUUCAGAUAAAUUACUCUCGAAGACCGUGAUGUCAGUUCUUAAUGCCAUAAACUGGGACCUCCUCCAACAUCCAGUCUACUUGGACUAUCUAAUACUACCUGAAAGUAACAGAGAACUGAAGCUUAGUUGUAAUAGAAACUUCCGAGAACGGCUGGCAUCGUUUCCCGGUGUUCAUCCUGUAAAUAUUCUCUACUGCAAAACAAAAUUCAAUGACGAUCAGAACGAAGAAGAAACAAAGACUCCAUGUCCAGUAUCCAGUAUCCUCCUAGAUAUCCUACCGAAGAGCGUGAUUAUUGAACAAUGUAUCUUAAAUGGUGUCAGAAACGGUUGUUACGUUAAGGGUCCCAAAGAUUUACGGAAGAAUAGUGAGUCAGUAGUAAGCAGGCUCUCCCAGUGGCAGUCCUUUAAGAAGCUAAAAAAACACCGGCAUUUCAGUUCUUAUAUGGAUUUUAAAGCUCAAGAGCUAUAUAGAAAUGAACUAAAGCUUAAAUUGAGAGCGGUUUUGUCCCCUGACGGCUGGAUCCACACCCGCACCGACAAUUUCCAUUAG